UCGCCUAACCCGGAUGUGAGGACCCACUCGCAGCGGAGCGGAUCAUGGAUACAGGAAGCUACAGAGCCGGCUUCGGUACAGGUGUGAGGAUGUGGCUUCUGUGUGUCCUGCUGCCGUCGUUGCUGCCUCCUGUUUCCAGUGCCGCGGACUCCAAGGCCAUCACCACCACUCUUACAACCAAAUGGGCUGAUACCCCUCUGCUGCUGGAAGCCAGCGAGUUUCUGGCCGAGGAGAGCCAGGAGAAGUUCUGGGACUUCGUUGAGGCCAAUCAAAACGUCCAAGGAGAGCACGAUGACACAGACCUAGCUUACUAUGAGCUGAUCGUGAAGAAGGCCAGCGCUCUGCUUAGCUCCGUCCAGCUGAAUAUGCUGAAGCUGGCCCUCUCUCUGAGAGCCUACUCUGCCACAGUACACUCCUUCCAGCAGAUCGCGUCCACUGAGCAUCCUCCCUCUGGCUGCUCAGCCUUUAUCAGUGUCCAUGGAGUGAAGUCCUGCGAUCCGGAAAGCUUGGCGACGCUGCUGAAAACUGCAGCAGAAAGACCAAAGCCGUACCUUUUCAAAGGUGAUCAUAGAUACCCAGGAGCAAAUCCAGACACGCCUGUGGUCAUCCUCUACGCUGAGCUCGGGAAACCAGAUUUCCAGAAGUUCCACCAAGUCCUAACAUCCAGUGUCGCCGAAGGCUCAGCAGUUUAUGUGCUUCGUCACUAUGUGGCUAAACCUAACGAAAACAGAGUGUAUCUGUCGGGGUACGGAGUGGAGCUGGCCAUUAAGAGCCAGGAAUACAAGGCAAAGGAUGACACACAAGUUCAGGGGGCGGAGGUGAAUGCUACAGUGAUUGGCGAGAACGAUCCGGUGGAUGAGGUCCAGGGAUUCCUUUUUGGCAAACUGAAGACCCUCUAUCCAGAGCUGAAGGAGCAGCUGAAGGAGUUGAGGAAGCAUUUGGUUGAAAGCACCAAUGAAAUGGCACCUCUAAAAGUCUGGCAAAUGCAAGAUCUGAGUUUCCAGACAGCAGCUCGCAUUCUUGCUGCUCCCGCUGUUGAUGCCCUCAAUGUUAUGAAAGACCUGAGUCAGAACUUCCCCACCAAAGCCAGGUCCAUCACAAAAACCGUGGUCAACUCUGAAAUCCGCAAAGAGAUCGAGGAGAACCAAAAGUUCUUCAAAGGGACCCUGGGAUUGCAGCCCGGAGACUCGGCCCUGUUCAUCAACGGGCUGCACAUAGACCUGGACACCCAAGACAUCUUCAGUGUGCUGGACGUGCUGCGCAGCGAAGCCAGAGUGAUGGAGGGCCUGCGCUCCCUGCUCAUAGAGACGCCCUACAUCCACGACAUCCUCAAGCUCAACGUCCAGCCGUCUGAUUCUGAUUACGCCGUCGAUAUUCGCAACUCCGCCAUCUGUUGGAUUAACAACCUGGAGACGGACCACAGGUACAGCUCCUGGCCCCACAACGUGCAGGAGCUGCUCAGACCCACCUUCCCCGGAGUCAUCAGGCAAAUCCGCAAGAACUUCCACAAUCUUGUGAUUAUUCUGGAUCCCACCCAGGAGAACGCCGCUGAGCUGCUGAGCGUGGCAGAGAUGUUUUACGCCAAUAACAUCCCACUCAGGAUUGGGCUGGUGUUUGUGGUGUCGGAUGAAGACGACGUCGACGGCAUGCAGGAUGCAGGCGUGGCGCUGGUUCGAGCCUACAACUACAUCACCGACGAGGUGGACAGCCACAGCGCAUUUGAAGCCGUCGUCUCGAUGUUUAACCGCGUGGUGAUUGGUGGAAAGCUGAGUGUUGGAGAUGUUGUUAAAGUGCUGGAGAAGAGAUUCCCCUACGUGGAGGUCAGCAGCGUUCUUGGAGCUGAUUCAAGCUACGACAGCAACAGGAAGGAAGGGAGGGCGUACUAUGAGCAAACAGGAGUGGGCCCGCUACCGGUGGUGAUGUACAACGGCAUCCCUUACCAGCGUGAGCAGCUGGACCCCGAUGAACUGGAAACAACCACCAUGCAAAAAAUCCUGGAAACCACGUCUUUCUACCAGAGAGCCGUCUACCUGGGCGAGCUGGCUACGGAUCACGACGUCGUCGACUUCAUCAUGAACCAGCCCAACGUUGUUCCUCGCAUUAACUCCAGAGUGUUGUCCACCAGCAGAACCUACCUGGACCUGUCCAGCACGAACAACUACUUUAUCGACGAUUACGCUCGCUUCUCCACCCUGGAAAUAAAGCAGAAGAGCACGGCCGUGGCCAACAGCAUGAACUACAUGACCAAGAAAGGGACGGCCACCACCAACAGGCAUGAUGAUGGAUACAUCCGUCCCGUGACUUUCUGGGUAGUGGGAGACUUCGAUAAGCCCUCAGGACGCCAACUGCUUUAUGAUGCCAUCAGACACAUGAAAACCAGCAACAAUGUGCGACUGGGGAUGAUCAACAACCCGUCGUCUGAUCUGUCCGCGGAGACGAGCCGCGUGGCCAGAGCCAUCUGGUCUGCCAUGCAGACGCAGUCGGCCAAUAAUGCCAAGAACUUCAUCACCAAGAUGUCCAAGGAGGAAACGGCGGAGGCCUUGGAGAAGGGCGCCGACAUCGGAGAGUUUGCCGUCGGGGGUAUGGAUUUGCCGUUGUUCAGAAGUGCUUAUGAGGGUCCCAAAUUUGACUUCCUGCUGUCCCACGCUGCCUACUGCCGAGAUGUGCUCAAACUGAAGAAAGGGCAGAGGGCAGUCAUCAGCAAUGGACGGGUCAUCGGCCCGCUGGAGGAGAACGAGGUGUUUAACCAGGAUGACUUCUUGCUUCUGGAGAACAUCAUCCUAAAAACGUCAGGGGAGCGCAUCAAAAGCAAAGUCCAGCAGUUUGAAAUGGAAGAGGACAGGGCCAGCGACCUUGUGAUGAAGGUGGACGCUCUGCUGUCCUCUCAGCCCAAAGGGGAAUCGAGGAUCGAGUACGGCUUCGCAGACGAUCGCUACAGCGCUGUAAAGAUCCGGCCCAAGGAGGGAGACGUGUACUUUGACGUUGUUGCCGUGGUGGAUCCAGUAACCAGGGACGCACAGAAACUGGCUCCUCUCCUAUCGGUUUUGAAGCAGCUCGUGAACGUCAACCUGAGGGUUUUCAUGAACUGCCAGUCCAAACUGUCAGACAUGCCACUAAAAAGUUUUUACCGUUACGUGUUGGAGCCGGAGGUGGCGUUUCAGGCUGACGGGACUUUCUCUCCGGGCCCCAUGGCCAAGUUCCUGGACAUGCCUCAGUCUCCGCUUUUCACGCUGAACCUCAACACCCCCGAGAGCUGGAUGGUGGAGUCAGUGCGCACCCGCUACGACCUGGACAACAUCUAUCUGCAGGAGGUGGAGAAUAUAGUAGCGGCAGAGUACGAGCUGGAGCACCUCCUGUUGGAGGGCCAUUGUUUUGACGUCAGCUCAGGCCAGCCUCCACGCGGCCUUCAGUUCACUCUGGGAACCGCGUCCGAGCCCGUCAUCAUGGACACUAUCGUCAUGGCAAACCUGGGUUACUUUCAGCUCAAAGCCAACCCCGGCGCCUGGAUGCUAAAGCUCCGGAAAGGACGGUCCGAUGAUAUCUACAAGAUUUACAGUCACGAUGGAACAGACUCCCCGUCAGACUCGGAUGACAUUAUUGUGGUGCUGAAUAAUUUCAAGAGUAGAAUCAUUAAAGUGAAGGUUCAGAAGAAGCCGGACAAAUUUAACGAGGAGCUGCUGAGUGACGGGACGGAGGAAGACGACGACGGCUUUUGGAAAUCUCUGACCCGAGGUUUUACAGGCGGAGGGAAAGCUGAGGAGCCAAAGCAGGAGAAAGACGACGUGAUCAACAUUUUCUCCGUGGCUUCGGGGCAUCUGUACGAGAGAUUCCUCAGGAUCAUGAUGCUGUCGGUGAUAAAGAACACCAAAACCCCCGUCAAGUUCUGGUUCCUGAAGAACUACCUGUCCCCGACAUUCAAGGACUUCAUUCCCCACAUGGCGAAGCAGUAUGGCUUCCAGUAUGAGCUGGUCCAGUACAAGUGGCCCCGCUGGUUGCACCAGCAGACUGAGAAGCAGAGGAUCAUUUGGGGCUACAAGAUCCUCUUCCUGGACGUGCUCUUCCCUCUCGCCGUGGACAAGAUCCUGUUUGUGGACGCAGACCAGAUCGUGCGAACGGACCUGAAGGAUCUGCGGGACUUUGACCUGGAGGGGGCGCCGUACGGCUACACCCCGUUCUGCGAGAGCCGCAGGGAGAUGGACGGCUAUCGCUUCUGGAAGUCGGGCUACUGGGCGAGCCACCUCGCCGGGCGCAAGUACCACAUCAGUGCCCUGUAUGUCGUCGACUUGAAGAAGUUCAGGAAGAUCGCAGCAGGAGACCGCCUCAGAGGACAGUACCAGGGACUCAGCCAGGACCCCAACAGUCUGUCCAACCUGGACCAGGAUCUGCCCAACAACAUGAUCCACCAGGUUCCCAUCAAGUCUCUGCCUCAGGAGUGGCUGUGGUGUGAGACCUGGUGUGACGACAGCUCCAAAAGGACGGCAAAGACGAUAGAUUUGUGUAACAAUCCAAUGACCAAAGAGCCGAAGCUGCAGGCAGCGGUGAGGAUCGUAGCGGAGUGGACCGACUACGACCAGGAGAUAAAACGCCUUCAGACCAGAGUCCAGGGCAGGGCGGGCCACUCAGCGCCGCAGCAGGGCACAGAUGUUCACUCAGAGCUGUGAAGGUCCACAACAAGCCAGAGAUCUGGACUCUGAAGAAUCAGCUUCACGAGGAGGUUCCUCCUGAAGCCUUUGGGGACUGCUGACCACACGCCAGAAACAAACGGGCUCAAACAACCGUUUUGCUGUUUUUUUUUUCUAAUUUUUUAUGUAUAUGUGGGUAAAUGUGGCAGGAAUGUACUUUGUGAAGCAAAUAUAAAGUGUUUUUUUUUUUUCUGUAUUGGAUGUCAGAUGUUUGCACUGAUUUCAGGUUGAGACUGAGGUGAAGGACAACAGGACCUGAGCAGAUCUUUGAUGUUUAUCCUCAGUCAGGAACAAUUUCAAAGAGUUUAAUCAUAAAAGGUACAGAGAUAAUGGUUGGUGUUGGGUUCAACCAAUACCUGACAGGAACUAUGUACAAAGUAGUCUAAUAAAAGAUAACUGCUGAUGUUAAAUAAAUCAGACUGUUUGAUUAAAUU